UUCUCUCUCUCUCUCUCUCUCUCUCGUUUUCAAUUCUCAUCACUCAAAACAAAACCUUAUUUAAGAAAUGGCAAAAGGAGGGAAGCUUACAAAGCUGAAGUCAGUGCUGAAGAAAUGGAACUCAUUUGGCAGCAACAGCGGCGGCGGCGGGAGCAGCAAGCAGAGCCGACACAACAGCAGCGCGGUGGCAGACGACGUGGAGGGCGGGGAUGAGCUCCACCCGGUGUACGUGGGGAAGUCACGGAGGCUGUACCGCGUGUCGUCGGACGUGGUGGAGCACCCAGUGUUCCGCGAACUGGUGGAGAGGUCACGUGAGGAGCACGAUCCCCAGCAAGUGGCGACUCGUGUUGCCUGCGAGGUGGUCCUCUUCGAGCAUCUGCUCUGGAUGCUGGAAAAUGCCGAUCCCCAACCCGAGUCCCUCGACGAACUCGUCGACUUCUAUGCCUGCUAGAUAACUUCCCAACAUGCACAAAAACAUAACCCUACUAUUCAAAAUUACUCUUUCUUAGUAUAUACUUUCUAUAUAAUAAUUACUAGUAAAUAACUAUCAUUUCUUUCCCACAUGCAACUUUUAAUCAUGUACAUUUCUUUUCAAUAAUUAAACAAUCUUGUCAAAUUCCUUAUUCAUUUCAACAAAUUAAGCAACAGUAAUUUGGUUCUUGCUUAUAUGUACAUUGGAAUAAUUAAUAUAAUGUUAUUUCUUCGUUUAACCUUUUGAUGCCUCUUUAUGUAUGUAUGUAUUAGGUCGGUGGUACUGUCCCAAUCUGAUGUGUAGAAUAGUACA